CACAACUUGGUGCAAAUUUAAGACAUAAUGCUGUGGGACAGGCUGGAAAUAUUGUUAUUCCUGCUCAUACAGUAUUUGAUGAAGACUGGUCUUUUGCCAAUGGGCACCCAACUAAUCAUAUUGUAAAUCUACCCAAUGCCAAUGGUGGUCAAUCUAUAGUAGCAGAUGAAAUUCGACUUGGACAGUUAUGUAAACUUGCUAGGCUUGCUAGUAUUGAUGAACAACAAAUUCGAUUACAAUUUAUUCAUGAACUCGAAGAAAUCGAAAGAUAUAAAACAGAGCAAUUAUCUGGAGCAUAUUUAUAUUCGGACACAGAUAAAUCUUAUAGAAAAGACAAUAACCCUUUAGGUCUGGAUACGAAUAUAAGUAGAUUUAUACAAUGGCUUACUGGAGAGAUUCCAGAAUUUGUUCCUGUUCCCAAGCCCGAUUUAUCUCCAAAACCAGCAAUAAAGAAAGUAUUGCAAAGCAAUAACCCACAGGGUCUUGAAGUUACAGAUAAUGAUCCUAAUUCAAGCAAGCCUAAAUCUUCUCAUCGCAAGACCAAAACCAAAUCUAGAACCCAAAAAAAGAAAUCGAAUGAAACAUUUUCAGACUCUAGCGAUAGUGAAAAUAGUACAAUAUCUAGUGAAAAUGAACUUGAAACCAAUACCUUAGCACGCUCAUACAAUGAAUCAGAAUCUGAUUCCUCUAGAACCAGUGAGUUUAGUAAUUCAGAAAGUGAUGAAGAUCAAAGAAGCACAAAAGUGCCAGGCCAGGACCUGAAAGGUCAUUGUGAAGCAAUAAAACUUCUAGCAAAAAAUCAAGUAAUGCCUCUGAUAAAAAGGAUAGUAAAAAUAGACCCGAAAGCCCCAGAAGAGAUGCAACCGGAAGCAGAAAUUUCAUGGCCAAAUCCUAUAGAAAUUAAUUUUAUUUGUAAAAUUAUUCCUAAUAAUGUUGCAACUAUUACUUGCCAAAUUACUUCACCAUCAGGAAAAAAUAUUCAAGUACCUGGUGUGCUAAUAGAUAGUGGAGCAAACUGCUCUCUUAAAUCAAAAGAAUCUAUUGGAACUUGUUAUAAUGUACCAAUUACUUUUGGCUAUAGAGAUAAUAGUUAUACAAUUACAGAAGACUUUCCAGUAAUGGAUGAUGAUAAACCUUGGAUAUUAUUAGGCACUCCUUUGCUUGAUCAUGCUGGAUGGGAGCCUAUUGUUAAGCAUGAAUUCAAGUUAAUACAUAAAGGUAAAGUAAUUACUAUACCUCUUUCAGUACAUAAGUCCCAGAGAGAGAUAUUUAAACCAGAAAUUAACCUGACUUUUCACAAGCAAGAUGAGUCAAAGACUCGAAGCUCUGCUUCCUCGAUUCAAGUAUCUACUGAUUCUUCUAGUUCAUUUAGUAAGGAUAACAAUAUAUUAUUAGAGGAAUGGCAUGCUUCUGCAGGUUUUAGCCCAGAUUUUAGUCUAUCUAGUAAGGAUGAUUUCUUGCAAAAUAUAUCUGGAUAUAACCUACCAUCUUUCUCUUCUAAUCCAUGA